UAAGGUUAAAGCGGUGGGGUGUAUAUGUGAGUGUCGUGCAUGCAUUUUAUGCAUCUGUUGCUGUUGCUUUGCAUGCACUCACACACUCUCUCUCCUCUUUCUCUCUCUACAGAGUCUCUCCCUCAAAUCCCAUACCCAUCAACACGUUUUCUCUCUCUAAAAAACAAAGGUCAAUCCCCAUUUCUUCUUCACUUCAUUGCUUAUGUAAUUUACAGAUGAUGUUUUUUUGAUGCAGAGAUACAUAAAAAAAACAUAAAUUUGUGUUCUUUUUAGUUCAUGUGAAUGACCCAUUCCUAGGUUUUGUUUUGGGGGUGUUAAGGUUAAGUCAAAGUUGAAAUUUGGAAUUUUGAUUCAUGGGUUCUGACAUUGGUAUCGUGAAUGGUUCGUGUGUUCAUGAAUGGAAGAGAGGUUGGCCUCUACGAUCUGGUGGAUUUGCUCAACUUUGCUUCAAGUGCGGAUUUGUGGAGGAAUGGAAGUGUGACAUCAUUGACUCAUUAUCUGCUUAUGAGAAUUCAGUUUUCUGUAAUAAAUUCCACCGUCAACAAACUGGUUGGCGAGAAUGUAACUUUUGCAAGAAGCCUAUUCACUGUGGAUGCAUAGUAUCUAGAUCUCUGUUCGAGUAUCUUGACUUCGGUGGUAUAGGUUGUGUUAGCUGUGUAAAAACUUCCCAACAUAAUAUGAUUCGUAAUACUGAAAAUCCUAAAUGGCCUGUUUCAUUGACCCAGAAUAAUGCAAGGGAUAUGAGUUCUGCUCAUUUUGAUGGCAGACUGUUUGCGAGUAAUGUUGAUGAAGGAAAGCUUAUGCAAUUAUGCAGAGUCGUUGAAGCUAGUGAAUCCAUCCAUAUGAAUCAUGCUCCGAGAGACAACAUUAUUACAUCCAACGGGAAAAACAAUCAAGAAGUUAAGCCUUCAUUCAGGGAAGGGGAUACUGGUUUUUCAAAUGUGAUUAAACCGUCUAUUCAAUCAUUAACUUUUUCUACAUUAGAAAAUAAUAGACCAACAUGGGAGAUGAAAAACAUGCACGAAUCAAAUGCAAAGCCGUCUUUGAAUAUGUGUUUGGGAAAUCCGUCAGGGAACAACUCUUUCCCUCUUUCUGCUGGAGAGAAUAUAGAAGGAAGACUUGAAGGAAAAGUUUCUCCUCCCUUUCAUCAAGGGCCGAGAUCUCGCCCUAUACUGCCCAAACUAUUGAAGACUGGCCUUACCAUGAAUGGAGAAACUGAAAAAGGGUCAACUUCUCAACCACGUAUUGCCCGGCCUCCUGGUGAUGGGAGGGGCAAGAAUCAGUUACUUCCUAGAUAUUGGCCUAGGAUUACAGAUCAGGAGCUGGAGCGUUUGUCUGGAGAUUUGAAAUCCACUGUAGUUCCAUUGUUUGAGAAGGUGUUGAGUGCCAGUGAUGCAGGUCGAAUUGGUCGUCUUGUUCUCCCAAAAGCCUGUGCCGAGGCUUAUUUUCCUCAUAUUUCACAUUCUGAAGGCCUUCCUUUGCGGGUCCAAGAUGUAAAGGGGAAUGAAUGGACUUUUCAGUUCAGAUUUUGGCCUAAUAACAACAGCAGGAUGUAUGUAUUGGAGGGUGUGACCCCUUGCAUACAGGCCAUGGAGUUACGUGCUGGUGAUACCGUUACAUUUAGUCGGAUAGAUCCUGGGGGAAAACUUGUUAUUGGUUUCCGAAAGUCAUCAAAUUCCACAGAUAUGCAGGAUGCUUCUCCAUCUUCACAUUCUAAUGGCCUUUCUGCAAAGGGAGCCACCUUUUCUGGUGGAGCUGAUAAUCUUCCAUCGAGAAGUAAUUGUGGUGAUUUUCUCCGUUCACCAAAAGGGAACGGGGAACUUCUCUUAAAUGGACAUCCGGAAUCUCCGCAUUUGGGUACAGGAGCUGCUGGUUUGCUAAAAACUGAAAAUUGCGAGAUGACAAACAAUAAUUCACUGGAUCAAAAAAUUUCAGCUUUAGAGAAGAAGAGGACUCGGAAUAUUGGACUUAAAAGUAAGAGAUUGCUUAUUGGUAAUGACGAUGCUAUGGAGUUGAGACUUACAUGGGAAGAAGCGCAGGACUUGCUUCGUCCACCGCCUAGUGUCAAGCCAAGCAUUGUCACAAUUGAAGACCAAGUAUUUGAAGAAUAUGAUGAGCCCCCGGUUUUUGGAAAGAGAACAAUAUUCAGCGCCUCUUCAUCUGGGAUGAAGGAACAAUGGGCUCAAUGUGAUGAUUGUUCUAAAUGGAGAAAGUUGCCGGUUGAUGUUCUUCUUCCUCCCAAGUGGACAUGUUCUGAAAAUGUUUGGGAUACAAGCAGAUCUUCAUGUUCUGCACCAGAGGAGCUGAGCUCAAGAGAAUUAGAAAAUCUUAUGAAAACCAGCAAAGAUUUUAAGAAGCGACGGAUUGUAGAAAACAGCAAGUUGAUCCAAGAACACGAGCCUUCUGGCUUAGAUGCUCUCGCCAGUUUAGCAGUCUUAGGAGAAAAUCUCAUUGACCCUACUGAUUCCUCAGCCGGAGCCACCACUAAACAUCCUAGACAUCGCCCAGGCUGCUCUUGUAUUGUGUGCAUUCAGCCCCCAAGUGGAAAAGGAAGACACAAGCCAACAUGUACUUGCAACGUGUGCACGACCGUGAAGCGUCGGUUCAAAACUCUUAUGCUCCGCAAGAAGAAACGCCAGUCAGAGCGGGAAGCAGAUGCCGCUGCCAAGAAAGAUCAAAUUCGCAAAAAAGACGAUGACUUAAAUACCAAUGGUGGAGCAUCAAGAGAUGAUGCAAAUCCUUUGGAAAAAGAGGGAGGUUUAAAUAGAAGUCAAACCGAGGUUGGUGAGUCCAGUGCUGGAAAGAUAGAUCUGAAUAGUGAUCCAAACCGCGAAGACUCACAAUUGGAUAAUAUCGCAAAACUUCGUCGUGAACUAUCGGAACGUAUGAAUAUGAACCAAAAUGUUGGUCUAAGAACCAUUAAUACUGAAGUGCAGGAAGGUCAGCAGCAUUCUUCUUUGGUCACUCAAUCUAAUGGUGAAGAUAAGAGACACUUGUCCGAUGAUAGAAGCAUUGCAUCCAUUAUCUUAAACAAAGAAAGAAGAGAUGAAGUAUACAAUCAAUCAAAUGAAAGUCAAAACAAUAUGUCUUAAAAGAAUUUUUUCCCAUCCCCUUGUUUGAGCUGAAAUUUUUAUACUUUUUUCCUCACUUGUACUUGUAUAGUAUAUAUUUUACUUUAUUUUUCAAAAGGGUUGUAAAAGAUACUUCUUUCUUGUGAAAAGAAUGUAAUUUUGUUUUCUUUAUCUUCAUA